GAUGAGAAGGCAAUGGUCACCUGUGGAGGUUCUCCUCAUAGUCGUGGUUUUGGUUCUGACCAUUUGUUGCAUUGGACUGAUUGUUGUUUCUUGGAUCUCUCUCCAGCCUGAAGGAGCCAUUGAGCCAGUGCUGAGUGGGAAGAUGACAAUCACAGGGGGCGCUGUUUUCUCUGAGGACCUGAGGAACUCCUCCAGUCUGCAGUUUAAAUCGUUGGCCUUUGACAUCCAGAAUGUAGUGUCCAAGGCAUUCAGCGGCGGUGAGCUCAGACACGGCUUCAGGUCCUGUCAGGUGUUAAGCUUCAGCCAGGGCAGUGUGGUUGUGACCUUUGACCUCUGGUUCUAUCUGCUGGUUACGGUGAAGCAGGUGAAACAGGAACUGGAGGCAGGGCUACAGCAAAUUGACACAGGAGGAUUGAUUAUUGACAGAAGCAGCAUUCAAAUCACAGGCCACUUCACACAUAACAUGAAGUUCAGUGAAUCAGGCGGACACAGGCCGAAUGGGCAAGACCCAAAAACUUCCAGCCUCAGUCGGGAUGGACAGAUGGUUGGACAGCCGUGCACGGAUGCCAUACGAUCCUGCGGUAAUAGUUUUGUGCAUGAGCGUGUGCACGCACACAAACACAGUGUGACCAUGGUGAGAGUGACCGGAGCUCAGGCCACCGAAGUUCAUGGCUGCUGCGGGCCACCUGCCUGGAGCAGCUCUGAUCCGCACAGGUGUGAGGCAUCCAUGCAUUCACAUUAUGAACACAUCACCCAGCCACACAGAGGGUCCAAGCGUCCAGCUGCCUCUGGUCGCCUGGCGUGCGGCACGCCAAAGGACAUCAUGUCAUGUGGACUAUAA